GAACGCAGCAGUGAGCAUUAGCUCAGCUCGGAGAGAGGGAUUGGGAUCCGGAGAAGGAAGGAAGGAAGAAGAGAGGGAGAGAAGCUAAACAGGUGGUCAGAAAACCGAGCAAACAAUGUCGUCCGGCGGGGAGACGCGGGGCGACGCGUAGUCCUCAGUUUUCCAGGCAGGAACACCGGGGACAACCUCGGGACAACAGCAACAAAAAAAAACCUCCAUGCUCCUCCUGUGCGCUUCCCGGUCGGAUUUGUCCUCCUCGUCUCGGCUUGGCCCCGAACCCGGGCAAGUCCACGGACACUGAGCCAUGAAAGUGACGGUGUGCUUCGGCAAGACCCGGGUGGUGGUACCGUGCGGCGACGGGAACAUCAAGGUCCACGCACUCAUCCAGCAGGCUGUCAUGAGGUACAGGAAGGCUAUCGCCAAGGAUGCAAACUACUGGCUGCAGGUCCACCGCCUGGAGCACGGCGACGGCGGCAUCCUGGACCUGGACGACGUGCUCUGCGACGUGGCUGACGACAAAGACAGACUGAUCGCCGUCUACGACGAGCAGGAGCCGCAUCACGGAGGCGACGGCACCAGCGCCAGCUCCACGGGGACGCAGAGCCCGGACCUGUUCGCCGCGGACAUCGGCGCCGGCAGCGGGGCCUCGGCGUUCCAGCCCUACCAGAACGCCAGCGAGAUCGAAGUCACGCCCUCGGCGCUGCGCACCAAUAUGCCUCUCCACGUGCGGCGCAGCAGCGACCCCGCCCUCAUCACCAUCAACGGGCCGUUCAGCGCCUUGGAGUCACGGGUCCAAACCGAAGACACUCCAUCCAGAAAGAACCCAACCCGCUGGUCUACCACUGCUGGCUUCCUGAAGGCUCGCCAUCACUCCGGCACAAACAGCCUGGAGAGGAAGAGCAAAGGUCUGGAUACGUACCGCAGUCUGCCGCGGGACGCAGGGACCUGGUCCAAUCAGCGGGAGUUUCAGAGAGACACGGCCAGGUCGUCACUGAGUGCCAACCACCCCAUGGUGGACCGCUGGCUGGAAAAACAAGAGCAGGAGGAGGAGACCAGGGAGGAUGAAAACGGGCGAAUCGAGCCGGUUGGCCGAGCCGACUCCUGCAUGGAGCACCCUCCGGUCACGUCUCUAGAAGACAUUGUCAAACUGGUGGAGGUGUCAAACGACGGCGGACCCCUGGGGAUCCACGUGGUGCCUUUCAGCGGCAGGGACCGCAGGACUCUUGGCUUGUUGGUCAAGCGUCUGGAGAGGGGCGGCAAGGCUGAACACCAGGGCCUCUUCCAGGAGAACGACUGCAUCAUCCGUAUCAAUAACGGAGACCUGCGAAACAUCCGAUUCGAACAAGCACAGAACAUGUUCCGCCAGGCCAUGCGUUCCCCCGUCAUCUUGUUCCACGUGGUGCCGUCGUCCAUGAGGGCCCACUACGAGCAGCUCUCCCACGCCGACAGGAACCCGUCGUACCCCUCGGGAGGCUUCAGCCCCGACUCGCUGUCCGGAGGCGACCCCAACCAGCCCAGGAUAGUCCGCCACGGUUCCCAGACGCACCCGACCCACUCCCACCCUCACACCCACACCCACCCAGACCCAAACAACGGCUACCCGCACCUGAUCCACCCCGCCGUUUCGGCGGCCAAACCCCCCACAGGCCACACCCACUCACCCCAGAGGGGGCUGAACUCCACCCCGACGGCUGGUUAUGCCAAAAAAGUGGGGAGGAGGCUCAACAUCCAGCUUAAGAAAGGCCCCGAGGGCCUCGGCUUCAGCAUAACGUCCCGCGACGUUCCCAUCGGGGGCUCCGCGCCGAUCUACGUCAAGAACAUUCUCCCCAGGGGAGCGGCCAUCCAAGAUGGCCGCCUGAAGGCAGGUGACCGGCUGCUGGAGGUGAACGGGGUGGACCUGAACGGGCGGACCCAGGAGGAGGUGGUCUCGUUGCUCAGGAACACGCCUAUGGGUGGUGGUGUGGGGUUGUUGGUUCUACGCCAGGAGGACACCUUCCUCCCCCGAGAAGUGAGCGCUGAGCCUCAGAAGCAAUCCCUCAGAGACGUGAAAGCAGAUGAGGAUGAAUUAGUCCUGACUCCUGAUGGGACCAGGGAGUUCCUGACCUUUGAGAUCCCGCUCAGUGACUCGGGUUCUGCAGGUUUGGGCGUCAGCGUGAAAGGCAACCGCUCCAAGGAAAACCAUGCAGACCUGGGCAUAUUUGUCAAAUCAAUCAUAAACGGCGGCGCAGCCUGCAAGGAUGGACGACUGAGAGUAAACGACCAGCUGAUUGCCGUCAACGGGGAAUCUCUGUUAGGGAAGACCAACCAAGACGCGAUGGAGACGCUGCGGAAGUCCAUGUCAACCGAAGGCAACAAGCGUGGGAUGAUCCAGCUUAUAGUGGCCAGACGAGUUGCCAAGAGAAAUGAGGAGUCUCCAGGGAGCCCGCUGGGACCUCAGCAGACGGUUAACACCAGUCUGGAUGAUCACGAGCGCAGGAUCUCCCACUCUCUCUACGGUGGCCUGGAAGGCCUCGAUGACAACUUGAUGCCACGUCAGGGAAUGAUUCCACGCACAAUAGGAAACUAUCAGCUCUCUCCGACCGUCAACAUGCCGCAGGACGACACCGUGAUCAUCGAGGACGACCGGCCGCCGCUCCUCCCGUCCAACCUCUCCGACCAGUCCUCGUCCAGCUCUCACGACGACGUGGGGUUUGCGGCGGACGAGACUCCGCCCUGGGCCAGAGAGCUGCCUGCUCAGAAUGAAAGCUCACUGAUUCCCGAUGAGAACGAUCCGGACAUUUCUUUCCAGAGGGAAGGAUUCGGACGCCAGAGCAUGUCCGAGAAACGCACCAAGCAGUUCGGAGACGCCGCUCAGCUCGAGAUCAUCAAGACACGCAAGUCCAAGAGCAUGGAUCUAGUAGCCGACGAGAUUAACCUCACACCUCGUCCUGACGCCGACACAGGUUCUUCCACUAAGGAUGUUGGACCUUCGCUGGGCCUAAAGAAGUCCAGCUCUCUUGAGAGCCUCCAGACUGCGGUUGCAGAGGUCACCCUCAACGGGGACCUGCCCUUCCACCGGCCCCGCCCCCGCAUCAUCAGGGGGCGCGGCUGCAACGAGAGCUUCCGAGCAGCUAUCGACAAAUCCUACGACCGACCGGCCGCCUUAGAGGACGACGACGAGGGCAUGGAGACUGUGGAGGAGGACACGGAGGAGAGUUCACGCUCUGGCAGAGACUCCGUCUCCACUGUAGCCGACCAAACCCCGCUGUCCCCAGGCCCGGAAAAGCCCCUGGUCAACGGCACCAACCGCGCCAAGGAGGAGAAGAAGAAGGACAAAGACAAAGCGGGGAAGGAGAAGAAGAAGCAGGACGGAGGAAAGGAGAAGGAGAAGGAGAAAGGAAAACCAAAGAAAGGAAUGCUGAAGGGACUUGGAGAGAUGUUCAGGUUCGGGAAGUACCGCAAGGAUGAGAGGCCUGCGGAGAAGAUGGACCGGAAAGGAUCGAGCAAGUGGAGGCUAGAAGAGACGCAGGUUUCUGACGAGGAAACGAUGAAGAUGAGGAUGGAGCAGGAGAGGAUUCAGGCCAAAACGCGGGAGCUGAGGGAACGUCAGGCUCGGGAACGGGACUACGCCGAGAUCUUGGACAUCGGCCGCACACUGGACAGAUCCUCUGAGGAGGACCACACCUACUCCGGCGUGAACCCCCUGAACAUCUCGGUGGACAGCAGCCACAGCCGGGCCCACAGCCCCCGUGACGAAUACCCCCACGUCCAGCACCAGCACCAGCACUCGGACUCGCUCUACUCGCCGGUCAGCAGGGCCCGAAACGACCGGCCUCCAUCCACAGACAGUAACCGGCUAACUCCUAGCAACCACGACCGGAUACAGAGGCUGAGGCAGGAGUUCCAGCAGGCCCAGAACGUUCCCGAGGACCCGGAUGAUCGCAGGAGGACCUACAGCUUCGAGCAGUCCUGGUCGAACGCCAGCAGCAACGGCGCGGGCGGGUACAGCCAGCCGGGCCGGCACUCUGUGUCCGUGGAGGUCCAGAUGCAGAGACAGAGGCAGGAGGAGAGGGACUCCUUCGCCCAGGCGCAGCGGCAGUACAGCUCCCUGCCUCGACAGCCCAGGAAGAACCCCAGCACCAUCUCCCAGGAUUCCUGGGACAAGGCGUACCCACCGGGAGAGGUCUUCCAGACGGCCAAGGACAACCCCAGGUACUGCAGCUACCAGGGCUCCCGCAACGGCUACCCUGGCGGCGGCGGCGGCGGAGGAGGAGGAGGAGGAGGAGGAGUCAACGCCAGAGUCCUGCUGGAGGCCCAGGAGCUGCUGAGGCAGGACCAGCGGCGCAGGGAGCAGGAAGCCAAAGGAAAAGCCAUGCAGGAGGGCGGCGCCUACGAGGCGUACGUCCCCCACCUGAAGGAGCAGGGGUCCCCGAAGGGCCCGUACCGACACGACGUGCCGCCUUCGCCGUCGCAGCUGGCGCGGCUGAACAGACUGGGCUCGGAGAAGGGCCGACUCUUCUACUCCUGAGGGCCGCCCGCCCGCCGCCCUGGACACGGACUUGCUUAGAGGUCUUAUAGCUUAGCGACGAUCUUAACGGUAAUGUGGGCGUUUGAUGACCUGCACCAAUUAUCAGUCACCCUCCUACGACCACCAGACGCCCCCGUCCCCCCGGUGCCUUCUCCACCCUCGGCCAGGACUCAGAGACCCCGGCGCCGUCACGGACCGACAAUCAGGCGGGGGAGCGGGGCGCUACGAGGCAAACGUCGGGGCGACUCGUCACACCUGCCAUCGCUCGGUUAACGCCCGCCGCCUUCGGAGAGCCGCCGCCGCCGCCGUUUCUCUCCUCGGAAAGGAGAGAAAAUGAGGCAAAGUGUGGGAAAAGGAAGCAGGCCACAGAGAGAAAGAGAGAGAGAGUGUGUUAUUAAUAAAAGCCCUCCUCAUAAAUGAUUCAUAUUGUGUGUUAUCUCCUUGGAGGAAAGUCAGGCAGAGAGGGUAGGCAUCUCUGAUCCUCUGCCUGGCCCCUCUGCACGGCGCUGGGCUCCACUCGCCCGCCCGCCUCCCUGCCUCCCUGCCUCCCUGCCUGUCUGUCUGUCUGGAGCUCCAUCUUCUCCUUUCAUUCUUCCUCUCUUUGUUCAUUACGCUCCUUUCUUCUACCUCAACACCUCCAUAUUCAUCUCGCCCUCCCCUCUCGCUCACAUCCACCACCUCCCUUCCUCCUCCUCCUCCUCCUCCUCUCUGUCGUCUCCCGAGUCAGGGCUCUGCACUGAAUUUUUCAUCAGAAGCCACCUGCUGCCUGCCAGAGCCAAAGAACGGCGCCACCAGAGGCUCCGACAGAGGGCCCGGCUUCUGACAUGACGAGCCCAAUGAAAGCGGGGGGGAAAAAAGGGGGGGGGGGGCAGAAUAAAGAUCGGCGGGGAGACAAUGUGGCUCCCAGUGUGAAAUUAGCAGCAGCCUUUUAUUCUGUUUUUUUUUUUUUUUUUUUUUUUUUUUUUUAACAAAAGGCAAAAUUGUCCUCUGGAGUUAAUUGCUCCAAAUUGCCAUAAUUGCUUUUUGUGUGUGUGUGUGUGUGUGUUUUUUUUUUUUUAAACCUAUUUCAGCAUUUAGCAGCCACUCUUCACCGCAACGAUUCUAAAUAGAGGCAGCAGGUGGGGGGGGGGGGGGGGGUUCUUGCUUUUAAAAAACAGCAGUCGAGAAAUGAACCGAAGGAUGUUGGAUUACAAAAAGCAGGUUGGAAAACAGUCUUACCUCAACAAUAGAGGUUAAUGCAGUGAUAUUUGUGGCUCGCAAAGCAGCAAAAGUAAAGAGGAUGUGCACUCCUUACAGACCAUUCUAUAAUCUAGUAAAUAUAAAACUCAUGCUCAAAUUGUUUCAUUUAAUCUGAGAAGCCAUUGUGAUCCUAUGUGAACAUAGUUUGCCACCUUAACUUUAACUUUCUGGUUUAAUUUCACUUGCUACACCAGUUACUGUCAGACCUGUAGCAUUUUAGAGCCCUCUUCAGUAGGACCUGUCUGACGACACGAAGUAGGCCAAACUGUCUCAAAAGACAAAACCUCAUCCCACAAUCUGGAGUUAUUCAACAACAGAUGAAGCUUUGUCUCCUCUGGAGGAUUGUGCACGAGGCGUGUGUUUAGCCUCAUGCAUGUUGAGGGUUUCUCAUUAGGGAAAUAAAAAAACAGUUGGGGGCGGGGCUUACUGUUCAAUUUGUGCAGGAUCAAGUGUAGUUUAUAUAAAGUGUAUUUGGCACAAAACAAAAAACCCAACAUAUCACCAAAGGGACUCAGUGUCCAGAGGGAAAGAUGAUGGUGGUAGCAUCAUUUUUUUUCAGGGGCUUUUGUCAAGGUGGAUGGAACUAUGACUAAUUUUAAAUAGCGGUGCGUUUUGUGCCCAAACCUGCAGAUGUUUGCCAGAAAGCUUGAGAUGGAUUUUAUUUUUCAGCAUUGCUGUGAGGGAUGCUAGUCGUCUCCAACUCAAGACGAAUCCUGAAACCCAAUCAGAAGUGGUUACCGCAGCUUUUCCUUUACUGUCCCGCAAAUUUGAGUCUUGAGGCUAAAUUAUAGCAUCGCUGUCCCAUUAAAGGUGGAAAAAUUUUUUAUUUUUUUAAUCAGACGUGUUCACACUUUUGUGAGCCUCCAUUUAAAAGCUGGACAAAGUCUGUGUGAAAGACGGUGAGCUGCUGUUUGGGGAGCGUAUUCAGAUAAUUUAACGUCUCCAGGGUUUAGAAAGCUGCACGGUUAAACUUUUUCUACAGCUGCGAGGACCACAUGUGACAUUGCAUUGAUCUCCGGUGUGUCAGCGUUGGUGGAAACCCUGAGUAAAUGUAAUUAUAAGCAUGGUGCGUAAUGGCUGGAGGUGGGAAUGCCAUCGUUGUUAUUCCGGUCAGCCUGGACGGUCCUGAUUGGCAGCUUUUCUGCUCCGGGGACAAAAAGAAUAAAUUAGUUUCAGAGCAACCUGAGUGAUGACGGUACAUCCUGUAAAACCCACCAUAGACUCCUGCCUGCCUCCCACAACGCCUCUGCAAACAAACCAGAUGCAGAAGAAGCAAAACAUCAGAGUUAAGCUGCACAACAUGUCUCCUGAGAUGAGAAGUGGUUGAAAAGAUUACUUUUUUUUUAUCACUGAAGGUACAGAAAGGAGCCUUCCCCCCCCCCCCGCUGAGGAGCGUUUUUAAGCAUGCAGGGAUGGCCUGAUGAGAUGUUCGGGUUUAUUCCCACAUUAAAACCAAGACGGUGGAAACUGUGAGCGUAAAGAAGCAGGAAGUAUUCAACCUGGUCUCUGAUGUCUAAAAGUGCCUGAGAAAUAAUAUCUGAACAUUUGACACACGUUGUGGUUCUGAAGUGGCCCUGGCCGUCAGAGUGUUUGUAUCUGAUUUGUUUUACAGAAGCAAAACUCAAAUAGAAGUUAAUAGCAGCUGAUGUGCAAUUGUUUUUGUUUCCUGAAGACUUUUUACAUGAUAUCUGGAGAAAUGUAAACGGCGUUUUGUUUUUUGUUUUUUCUGUACGUAUCAAGCUGAGAAUAAAGCAGAAGGCUGUUCCCUGUUUGCA